AUGCCACCCUCCUCACCAGUGAGUGCUGGUGGAGGAGCCAGUUUAGACGCCGACCACCCGUCCAUGCGGCAGGUUGUACUGGGUUACAUGUUACCAGUAGCAGGAUAUGAGAGGUGGAGUGUUUCGUCAGGUUUCACCACCAUGCUGCUUCUGAGAUGCAGGGAUGAGAGCGCGGCUGGACGUACGCAAGACUUCAAUGCCCGUGUGGGGAAAGACACUGAUGCCUGGCCGAAUGUUAUUGGAAAACACUCUCACCAUCCAGUGUCCAACAACAAUGGAUACCGCCUUCUGGACUUCUGUGCUCUUCACCAUCUUGUGAUCAGCCGAGUGCGGCUGAAGCUCUCCAGCCAAAGGAGAAAGAAACACUUUUCCUUACCCAACCUAGAUCUCUUGCGAUCGGGUGAAAAAAUUGAGGAUUUCCGGCAAUCCCUUUGUCGCCACUCAAUAGAUCUCCCCGCCUCUGGUUACUCCUUAGACAAAGACUGGAAUAACAUCAAAGUAGCCUUCCGCAAUGCCUCUCAUGAGUCUUUCGGUCAAAGACCCACCAAGUUCUGUGAUAAACAUCUCUCCACUGAAACCUUGCACCUCAUUGAGAAAUGCAAUGAAAUGAAAAAGCUGAAGGCAUCUGAGAGAACCCGCGAACUGUAUAUCAAAAUCAAUAGGCAAGUCAAGAAAAGUGUUCAGAAGGAUGAUGAGAACUGGGCCUCGAAUGUAGCCUCAAAACUUCAGGAUGCUGCUACUUUUGGCAACCAAUGGGAGGUGUGGCAUAACAUCAACGUUCUCUCUGGUAGAAAGAAGAAGAAGAGAAAUGCCUCCUCCGCAGUUCGAGGCAAGGACAGGGACUUCAUAACUGCUCAAGAUGAGAAACUUGCUAGGUGGAAGGAACACUUUGAAGAGCUUCUUAAUCCCAUUCCCAGUUCUCAGUUUUCUGUCCCUCCUUCCAAUCUUAUUGCGGACGAGCUCUUUAUUGAUCUACCCUUAUAUUCCCUUACGCAGUGUGAAAUCAGCAAGGCCCUCUCAAAGCUUAAGAACAACAAAGCUUGCGGCAUAGAUGAAAUUAGCAAUGAGGAACUUCGCUUCGGGGGAGAAGCCACACUAGACCUCCUCCACCCCCUGUUCGGCCGAGUCUGGGACCAAAAACAAGUGCCUUCAGACUGGCUAAAAGGAGUUAUCAUCAAAGUAGAGAAGAAGGGAGAUGUAACGUACUGCGAAAACAACAGAGGUAUCACCCUCCGCUGCGUAGCUUCAAAACUUUUCCAGAUGAUCAUCGUAUCAAGAUUAUCGGAUGGCAUAGAAUCCCUCCUGCAUGAAAACCAGUGCGGAUUCUGGAGGAACAGAUCCUGUAUUGACCAAUUCUUCUCUCUGCGCGUUAUCAUUGAGCAAGCUCUUGAGUACAAUCUUCCCCUGUUUAUUAAUUUCAUUGAUUUUAAAGCAGCUUUUGACUCAGUCAAUCGCGAUUAUAUCUGGGCCGCUCUCGAACACUACGGCAUACCCAUCAAAUACAUCAACAUAUUCAGAGCAUUCUAUUCCAACACAGUGAGUGCAGAGACGAGAGACGAGCUGACAGAAUGGUUCGACGUCAACUCUGGUACAGGCCAAGGUGAUAUACAGGCCCCUCCCAUCUUCAACAUCGUCCUCAACUGGGCGUGGUGUUCCAGCAGUGGAGUCAAACAGAGGUGUGUGCUGGCACCAACCUUGUUUGGCAUAUACUUUGCAGUCAUACUGAAGCAAGCUUUUGGUACUUCAACUGAUGGAGUCUAUCUCCGUACCAAGUUUGAUGGAAAGCUGUUUAGCUUGUCCCGACUCAAGGCCAAGACCAAGGUCAGAGAGGUGCUCAUCAGGGAUAUGCUGUUCGCAGAUGAUGCAGCACUGGCAUCUCACAUCGAGGCAAAGCUGCAGAGACUCAUUGACAAUUUUUCAUGUGCAUGCCAAGACUUCAGUUUGACCAUCAGUCUAAAGAAGACAAUAGUGAUGGUGCAAGGUGUCGAAUGCCCACCUGUAAUCACCUUCAACAACUGCACAAAUGAUGUGACAAAUAAGUUCACUUAUCUGGGAUCCACUGUGGCAGAUGCCCUCUCCAUGAACAAGGAGAUCAACAGCCAGAUAGGACGAGCAGCAACGACAUUCACCAGACUGAAGAAGAGAGAGAAGAGGCUUAACGCCUUUCACAUGAGGAGCUUGAGAUGUAUUCUUGGCGUCAAGUGGAAUGACUGCAUCACCAACACUGAUGUCCUCACUUGUGCCCAGAUCCCAAGUCUCUAUACGCUGUUGCAACAGCGUCGCCUCCUCUGGCUCGGACAUGUCUACCACAUGCCAGAUGGGAGAAUCCCGAAGGACCUAUUGUACGGUGAACUGACCUGUGGCACUAGAGCAUGGGGACGCCUCCAUCUCCGCUUCAAGGAUAUUGUUAAGCGGGACAUGAAGUUCCUGGAAAUGGACCUCCCCAGGUGGGAGGAAACUGCAAGCAACAGAGACCACUGGAAGCAAGAAGCGAGGAGCGGUCUCCAGAGAGGGGAGGAAAAGCUGAGACAAGCAGCUGAGAACAGAAGAUCAAGGAGGAAACAACGCAAUCUGAGACUUUGGCGGAGUCAAGCCUCCCGAGAUACAGGAUUAACCCCCAUAGUCUUACGAGACUAUAGGAUGCCAACCAAGGUCUCUCGCUCCUCCUCCAUCAUGCUUGUUUAUGGUCGCUGCUGUUUGUCUCCACCCCCUCUGGGACAGUGGGCAUGUCACGUGUCACUCACCCAACCUUUACCCAGUUUGCCCCGCCCUUUUUUAUUUUCACUUCAUACUUUCCUUCUACUUCUUCUCUUUCUGCUGGUUUCGUCUCCUGGCUGUCAAUCACGACGGGACCGAGGGUCCGGGGGCGUGACCAAUUACAUCCCAGGGGCAUGGCCUGACCCGGGUCUCGAACAGCGGCCAUGGUCCAAGCAGUGGGUGGGGUCGAAGCUGCUGCAGGGCCUCACCAUCGCUGUGGUCCUGGUGGGAAACUCAAGUGAAGUGACUCUGUACGGAACAAGGGAUAACAAAGAGGAGUGGCGGGAUCAAGGGAACAAUGGGUUUGUGAACGAAGGGGUAGGGAAUGUCGAAGUGGUGCGGAUGAACGAGACGGAUCCAAGCAGCAUCAUCAAGAGUGUGUGUGAUCUCAUGACUCAGCACUGGCUUCAGGGAGUUGUGUUCGGCGAUGACACGGAUCAGGAGGCCAUCGCUCAAAUCCUCGACUUCAUCUCCGCACAAACACGCACACCCAUCCUCGGAGUGAAGGGAGGAUCAUCCAUGAUCAUGGCAGCAAAGGAUGAUAACUCCCUGUUUUUCCAGUUUGGUCCAUCCAUUGAGCAGCAGGCCUCAGUGAUGUUGAACAUUAUGGAGGAAUAUGAUUGGUACAUUUUCUCCAUCGUCACGACCUACUACCCAGGAUACCAGGACUUUGUCACCAAGAUCCGCAGCACCAUAGAGAACAGUUUUGUGGGCUGGGAACUGGAGGAAGUUUUACUGCUGGACAUGUCAGUGGACGAUGGAGACUCUAAAAUCCAGAACCAGCUGAAGAAGCUCCAGAGUCCCGUCAUCCUGCUUUACUCCACCAAAGAAGAGGCCAACAUCAUCUUUGAGGUGGCACACUCUGUUGGGCUCACAGGAUAUGGAUACACCUGGAUCGUACCAUCUCUAGUGGCGGGGGAUGCUGACCACAUUCCUCCAGAGUUCCCUACAGGUAUGAUCAGUGUGUCCUAUGAUGAGUGGGAUUAUGGGUUGGAGGCACGUGUGCGUGAUGCUGUUACUGUUAUUGCCACGGCAACGUCAGCCAUGAUGAUGGAUCGUGGACCUCACACACUUCUGAAGUCUGAGUGUCAUGGAGCUCCAGAAAAGAAGAGCUCAGGAAACACUAACGAAGUACUCAGGUAUUUGAUGAAUGUGACGUUUGAAGGUCGUAACUUGUCGUUCAGUGAGGACGGAUAUCAAAUGCAUCCCAAACUUGUCAUCAUCCUACUGGACAAGAACAGACAGUGGGACAGAGUGGGGAAGUGGGAGAACGGCUCCCUGUCGAUGAAGUACCAUGUGUGGCCACGGUUCGAGUUGUACUCGGGGGAGGAGAGUCGCCACGACGACCACCUGUCAAUCGUGACUCUGGAGGAGGCACCGUUCGUCAUUGUGGAGGACGUCGAUCCUCUGAGUGGAACCUGCAUGAGGAACACUGUACCCUGCAGGAAGCAGCUGAAAAUGCGUAAUCAGACAGGUGAGUCGGGCAUGUAUAUAAAACGCUGCUGUAAAGGGUUCUGCAUCGACAUCCUGAAGAAGAUCGCCAAGUCUGUGAAAUUCACCUACGACCUUUACCUCGUCACUAACGGCAAGCACGGCAAGAAGAUCAAUGGAACCUGGAACGGCAUGGUGGGGGAGGUGGUGGUGAAAAAUGCUCACAUGGCUGUUGGUUCUCUCACUAUAAAUGAGGAAAGGUCGGAGGUCAUCGACUUCUCUGUGCCUUUCAUUGAGACAGGAAUCAGUGUCAUGGUCUCCCGUAGCAACGGCACUGUAUCACCAUCUGCAUUUCUGGAGCCCUUCAGUGCAGACGUGUGGGUGAUGAUGUUCGUCAUGCUGCUGCUGGUUUCUGCCAUUGCUGUAUUUGUGUUUGAGUAUUUCAGUCCUGUGGGCUACAACCGCUGCCUCGCUGAUGGAAGAGAGCCUGGUGGUCCCUCAUUCACUAUUGGAAAGGCAAUCUGGCUGCUGUGGGGUUUGGUGUUUAAUAACUCAGUUCCUGUGCAGAACCCCAGAGGAACUACCAGUAAGAUCAUGGUGUCCGUGUGGGCUUUCUUUGCUGUGAUCUUCCUGGCCAGCUACACUGCCAACCUCGCAGCUUUCAUGAUCCAGGAGGAGUACGUCGACCAGGUCUCAGGCCUCAGUGACAAAAAGUUUCAGAGACCUAAUGACUUCUCUCCUCCGUUCCGGUUUGGGACUGUGCCCAAUGGCAGCACAGAGCGGAAUAUCCGUAAUAACUAUAAAGAGAUGCACUCGUACAUGGUGAAAUUCCACCAGCGCAAUGUGGAUGAAGCUCUGCAGAGCCUGAAAGCCGGGAAGCUGGAUGCAUUUAUCUACGACGCCGCUGUGCUGAACUACAUGGCGGGUCGUGAUGAAGGCUGUAAGCUGGUGACGAUCGGCUCCGGGAAAGUGUUCGCUUCAACCGGAUACGGCAUCGCGAUCCAGAAGGACUCGGGCUGGAAGAGACACGUGGACCUGGCCAUCUUACAGCUGUUUGGAGAUGGAGAGAUGGAGGAGCUCGAGGCACUCUGGCUCACAGGAAUCUGUCACCACGAGAAGAAUGAGGUGAUGAGCAGUCAGUUGGAUGUGGAUAACAUGGCGGGUGUGUUCUACAUGCUGGGCGCGGCCAUGGCCCUGUCGCUCCUCACCUUCAUCGCCGAACACGUCUUUUACUCACACCUACGCUUCUGUUGCAUGGGAGUGUGUUCCGGAAAACCUGGCCUCACCUUCACCAUCAGCAGGGAAGUGUACAGUUGUAUCCACGGUGUUGAGAUUGAAAACAAGAGUUCGGCGCUGAAUUCCCCAUCAACCACCAUCAACAACACACACUCCAACAUCCUGCGUCUGCUGCGCACAGCUAAAAACAUGGCAUCAUUGUCAGGGGUCAACGGCUCCCCUCACAGCGCACUCGACUACCUACGCCGCGACUCGUCCGUCUAUGACAUCAGCGAUCAGCGACGUCACUCGGAGUGCCGGGUGCCAUACCUAUCCGAGAACAGUGACAAUAAUGCUUUUAGUGACUACAUCGAUCAAGUCGAGCGCACCUUUGGUAACCUGCACCGCAACGAGAGUGACCUAUACCUGCACCGACGCUCGGGCUCUGUCCCUGGCCCCGCCCCCAGCCUGGGUUCUGGCAGUUCACUGGAUGGUGCCAUUUUUGACUGCUCUGCCCUCACACACAGGAACAUGAGUAACUUUGACCUGCUGCAGGGACAUGCCCCACUUGGACUGCCAGAGCCAUACAGGAAGUUCUCCUUUAAAGGUGGGACUUCGGGCUACAUCCCUGCCUAUGAUCGCUAUGGCGAUGGAGACAACAUGUCUGACAUUUCCACUCACACCAUAACCUAUGGAAACCUGGAGAGUGACAGCAGAAAGAGAAAGCAGCAUGGCGAAAGUCUGAAGAAGCGGCCUGCUUCGGCCAAAUCGCGCCGAGAACUGGAUCAUGCCCACCUCGGUUACCGACGGAGACCACACCAUGGGCAUCACCGUCACCAUGGACACCGCUCUGUGUCUCCACCCCUCUCAGAACACAAAAUGAGAGGAGGAGGUGGAUCUUUGUCCUUCCUGUACCAGGACAAAGAAAGUCUUCGUGACUUUUAUCUGGACCAGUUCCGUCCCAAAGAGGGCGUGCCCCAAUGGGAGCAUGUGGAUUUGACUGAUGGGCCAAGUGGGAGUGGGGCUGGAGGUGGGGCUAAUUGUACUAGCCUGGUGCCUGUAGAUGACUUCCUGAAAAGUAAACCACCAAAGGUGGAGUCAAAAGUGGGAGGAGGGGAAUGGGAGUGUCGAAAUUGCCAUGCUAGCAGUGCAGGAAGUAAACGAAUGGCACAGCACACAGGGGGUGGGGCUUAUGGAGCUGGUGGAAGCAAUAGCUGUCUGGCAUCAGGAGUUGGGGGUGGGGCCAGCCGUCCCACUUCAGCUACUUGCAUGCGUUGCGAGGCUUGUAAGCGUUCAGGCAACUUGUACAACAUCAGCGAGGAUAGCAAUCAUGUAAUGGAGCAGAUAAGUGGGCGGGGUCAAACACCAUCACAGCGGCGACGAGCAUUUAGCGCGAGACCUUUACGCAGGCAGCAUUCUUAUGAUGCCUUCAUGGACCUGCACAGGGAUGACCAAGGGCUAAGUUUGCAGGCAGGGGGAGGGGCUAUGGACGAUGUAGGUGGGACUUUUCUGCCUCCUCGCAGUGUGAGUUUGAAGGAGAAGGAUCGCUGUAUGGAGGGCUCAUUCUCCCAUUUAUUUGAUACCCAGCAGUUUUAUAGCCCCACCCACCACUCCCUGAGUGCAUUCCGAGGGGAAAGAGACCCUUACUUCCUGUCAAAAUCACUCUAUCCUGAUCACACCAAUCACAAUCCAUUUGUGCCGACAUUCGGAGACGAUCAGUGCUUGCUGCACGGCGCUAAAACGUACUAUACAAAAAAACAGCAGCAUUCAGAUUCAAGAAAUCCAGGAAACCCUUCUGGGAUUUCGUCAUUCCUUCCCUCAUCUCGAUUCACCAAUCAGCACUCAGUUCUCGGGCCGCCACGCCCUUUUAACGGCACCAACGGCCAUGUGUACGAAAAACUCUCCAGCAUCGAGUCAGAUGUGUAG